CAGUGUACUGAUGUACUGACAUUUGCGGGAAUAUCUUACCUGGGUAUUGAGACACGUUGGUAACGACGUCAAAAAGUUCCUGCCAAGCGAGCUCAUCGAUGCUACAAAUUUGGUUGGACCUGCAAACCUCGAAAAGAAAUUUACAAACUGUUGCAAAAUGGAUUUUCUAAUAGCUGGUGUUGACAAUGUUAUGUUUAAAAUAGAAAAAGACCUCAAUGAACAAUUCGGGGCCCUUCCACUGCCGUUUCCUGGGAUGGAUAAGUCGACCGCCGCCGUCUGUUUGUUCUUCAAUGCCACCGAUGGAACCGAAUGUGAUAAAGGUGCCGCUUGUCCAUUCCGGCACAUUCGUGGUGACCGAACGAUAGUGUGCAAGCAUUGGCUUCGUGGUCUGUGCAAAAAAGGCGACCAGUGUGAAUUCCUGCACGAGUACGACAUGACCAAAAUGCCGGAAUGCUACUUCUACUCCCGGUUCAAUGCUUGUCACAACAAGGAAUGUCCCUUCCUGCAUAUCGAUCCAGAAAGUAAGAUAAAAGAUUGCCCCUGGUACGAUCGAGGGUUUUGUCGUCACGGACCCAGCUGUCGUCACCGGCACGUGAGGCGAGUUUUGUGUAAUUUCUAUCUGGCCGGCUUCUGUCCCGAUGGGGAAAACUGUAAAUUCAUGCAUCCACGGUUCGAACUCCCGCCGCCUCCGGAGACCAAGGAUCAAAUGCCAAAGCGUCUUCCGACGUGUCACUAUUGCGGUGAACCGGGACAUAAGGCAUGCUAUUGCCCUAAAAUGCCUCAGGAGCAACGUGAAGCAACGCUACGAAUGGAGGAAGCAAGGUAUCGAUCGCUAGGCUAUUUCAAACAUCGGCAAAAUAUGGACGGCGCUAGCCAAAACUCAGAGGAAGGUGGUAUUAUUUUGCCACAAAGACCGCCUCCAAAGCCCCUCGAGGAGAUCACGUGUUUCAAAUGUGGAAACAAGGGCCAUUACGCAAACAAAUGCACAAAAGGACAUCUGGCAUUUUUGUCCAACACUGCUGUUCGAAAGUGAACGUAGAGUUUUGAUAUAAAGAAGGUAAACUUUAA